AUGGAUACGGCUCGGCUACUCCAGGAGCGCGAUGGACAGAAGUCCUCGGCUGAGAUCUUGUUGCAGCUGCUGUCUGACCCCUUUGCCUCACAGCUCCAACAGAGUUCCGUCUACGCUGCCCUUGGUUCCUCGCUGGGCAUCACCGCUGCCAUUGCCAUCGCUUUUUCCUUUCUGCGGCCAUAUAAUAGUGUUGUGUACGCCCCGAAAUUGAAGCAUGCUGAUGAAAAGCACGCCCCUCCUCCCCUCGGGAAGGGUUUGUUCGCCUGGAUCUCCCCGCUAUGGUCAACAUCAGAAGAAGACCUAGUGCACUUGGCGGGCAUGGAUGCUGCCAUUUUCAUGCGCUUCACCAGAAUGUGCCGCAAUAUUUUCGUUAUCCUCUCGGUUCUCGGAUGCGGCAUCCUGAUUCCCGUCAACUGGACAAACUUCACACCUCCCGACCCGUCCUGGCUGUACCAGGUCACUCCGAGAAAUGUCUGGGGCGCCCCCCUGUGGGCUACCGUCGUAUUUGCUUGGCUGCUGACCCUGAUUGUUUGCGGCUUUUUGUGGUGGAACUACCGGAAGGUGUUGCAGCUGAGGCGGACGUAUUUUAAAAGCGAAGAAUAUCAACAAAGUCUUCACUCCCGUACCUUGAUGCUCUAUGAUAUCCCCAAAAGCUAUACCUCUGAUGAAGGCAUUGCCAGAAUUAUUGACAAGGUCGCACCCCAUUCAUCUUUCGCGAGGACCGUCGUUGCACGAGACGUCAAGGUCUUGCCAGCGCUUUUGGAAGAACACGAAAAAACGGUUCGAAAACUUGAAAAGGUGUUAGCCAAGUAUCUCAAAGACCCGAACAACCUUCCAGCCACACGCCCGACAUGCUUGCCCUCCAAGAAGGAUCCCUCGUACUCGUCGUACCCUAAAGGCCAGAAGCUUGAUGCCAUCGAUUACCUCACACAACGCAUCAAGACACUGGAACUGGAGAUCAAGGAUGUCCGUCAGCGUAUCGACAAGAGAGGUUCCAUGCCGUAUGGUUUCGCAUCGUUCGCCGACAUCGCCGAAGCGCAUGCGAUCGCCUAUGCUUGCCGCAAAAAGAAGCACGGCGCUGUCGUAACCCUUGCUCCGCGUCCUAACGAUAUUAUCUGGGACAACAUGCCUCUGAGCUCAACCACUCGCAGCACCAGGCGGCUCUGGAACAACCUUUGGAUAACCAUCCUCACAAUUCUUUGGAUCGUUCCAAACGCCUUCAUCGCCAUCUUUCUCGUGAACUUGGGUAACUUGGGCAACGUUUGGCCCGCUUUCAAGCGUUCAUUGGAGAGGAAUGGCACUACCUGGUCCCUCAUCCAAGGUAUUGCCUCUCCUGCUUUAAUGUCGCUCGUUUACGUGGCCCUGCCCAUCAUCUUCCGGCGCAUGUCGAUCAAGGCCGGCGACCAGACCAAAACUGGACGAGAACGUCAUGUCGUAGCCAAGCUAUACUCUUUCUUCGUAUUUAACAACCUCAUCGUUUUCUCGGUAUUUAGUGCCUUAUGGAGUUUCAUCGCCAAUGUGGUUCAGAGGACAGAAAGUGGCGCAGAUACCUGGAAGGCCAUCGUCGACUCCGACUUCGGCUUGACAGUCUUCCUCUCUAUCUGCACCGUCUCCCCGUUCUGGAUCUCGUGGCUUCUCCAGAGGCAACUUGGAGCCGCAGUGGAUCUGGCUCAGUUAUGGACACUCGUCUACAGUUUUGCAAUGCGGAAGUUUUCGAGCCCGACUCCUCGCGAACUAAUCGAACUCACGGCGCCCCCUCCAUUCGACUAUGCCAGCUACUACAACUAUUUCUUGUACUACUCAACCAUUGCGCUCUGUUACGCUGCGAUCCAGCCUCUCGUACUUCCCGCUGCGGCGCUUUAUUUCUGCAUUGAUGUUGGACUCAAGAAGUAUCUCCUGCUCUACGUUUUUGUCACCAAGACCGAAAGUGGCGGCAUGUUCUGGCGCAUCCUGUUCAACCGCUUCCUUUUUGCCUCAAUCUUGUCCCACAUGGUCGUCUUUCUGGUCGUCUGGGUCCGCGGCGACGCAUCGCAUGUUCAAGCUUACGCCGUCGCUCCUCUCCCCUUCCUCAUGAUCGCUUUCAAGAUCUACUGCUCUCGCGCGUUCGACCAUAAAAUCCAGUACUACGCGACAAGAUACACCAGGCAGGAUCAAAUGGAAGCAGCCAAGAACUUCAAAGAACAGGGCCUCUGCACUGAUAAGCUGCUCGCUGCUCGCUUUGGACACCCCGCAAUCUUCAAGCCCCUUAUCACUCCGAUGGUCCAUGCGAAGGCACAAAACCUUUUGGCGAGUAUCUAUCGGGGACGACCAGGCGAUGGUUAUGAUGGCGACACGAUGUCUGUCAGUGGCUACAGCGAUUCAUAUGCCCUCGACAACAUGUCGUCUGGUCAGGCGGGGAAGACAUCGCCUUCAAUUCCUGGCUUUGAAGUUGUUCCGGAGUCCCGACUGGACUUCGAGUUCUACAAGAAUCGUGACGAGUUCGCAGCCGAUCAUGGAGCAGGCGAGCUAUUUGGCAGGCCGUCGGAUAUUAUUCGUCCCGAUACUCCAGGCAUGCCCGGUUCUGAGCCCAAUUCACGACCCGGAACUCCAGCUGGUGGGAUGGGCUUUGCCGGCAGAAGGGCCUUUUCACCUUAUACUGAUGAUGUCGGAAGCAGCUACAGAACCCCUCAACAGUAUAGUCCCUAUGACGAGCCUUCCCAUUACUCAUCUGCCGCACGACACCAUCCCACCAACAGUUACUCGCGCGCUGGUGCCUCGGGCAACACACUGUAUGGCCUGGGCAGCGGCAGCAAUGAUAGCGGUGCCAAUCUUGUUAUCAAUGCGGCCGGCAUGCCUAUCUCCAACCCUGGCUAUAGGUCGCACACGCCAAGCUCGUACAGCAGUACUCGCGCUCCUGGUAUGUUGGGCGGUGGUCCACGUGGUUAUGGCGGGCUGCCGCAGACAGACCAUGACGAGCACAUGGCGCCACAGUCAUAUGAUUACUUCAGGGGCAGCAACAAUCGGAGACGCCCAGGAGAGGCUUCGGAAACCGGAAGGGCCACGCCGCCCGGUGCGGCGCCGCGGAGCGGGGGCCAUAUCUGGGGAGGGAACUAG